AGUAUCAAAAAGAGGGAAACGGCCCCAUGCAACGUCGGUCUUCAUCUGAGGAAAUAAAUUAUACCUUCUGAAAGGAACUAAAAACCAAACCGCCAUGUGGAGACAGAGCCCUAAAAGAAAGAAAUUUGGAUCAGAGAAAAAGUAUUCAAGAACCAUGCAAGCCAACUGUAGCCAACUGCAUAGUCCUCCAGGAACUGCAGGCAGUGAGGAUGUCUCAGCCUCCCAGUGUGUCCGUACAACAAGACUGACAGGAGAAGGAUCUUGUCUUCACUCUGGAGAUGUUCAUAUCCAAAUAAACUCCAUACCUAAAGAAUGUGCUGAAAAUCCAAGCUCCAGAAAUGUAAGGUCAGGUGUCCACAGCUGUACCCACGGAUGUGUACAUAGUCGCUUACGGAGUCACUCACACAAUGAAGCAAGGCAGCCAGAUGAUACUGCCACGGAGUCUGGAGAACACGGUAGCAACUCCUUCUCAGAAUUCCGCUAUCUCUUCAAGUGGUUACAAAAAAGUCUUCCGUAUAUUUUGAUUCUCGGUGUCAAACUUGUUAUGCAGCAUAUAACAGGAAUUUCUCUUGGAAUUGGGCUGCUAACAACUUUUAUGUAUGCAAACAAAAGCAUUGUAAAUCAGGUUUUUCUAAGAGAAAGGUGCUCAAAGAUUCAGUGUGCUUGGUUACUGGUAUUCUUAGCAGGAUCUUCUGUUCUUUUAUAUUACACCUUUCAUUCUCAGUCACUUUAUUACAGCUUAAUUUUUUUAAAUCCUACUUUGGAACAUUUGAGCUUCUGGGAAAUACUUUGGAUUGUUGGGAUUACAGACUUCAUUCUGAAAUUCAUUUUCAUGGGCUUAAAAUGCCUUAUUUUAUUGGUGCCUUCUUUUAUCAUGCCUUUUAAAUCCAAGGGUUUCUGGUAUAUGCUCUUAGAAGAAUUAUGUCAGUAUUACCGAACUUUUGUUCCCAUACCAGUUUGGUUUCGUUACCUUAUAAGCUACGGGGAGUUUGGUAAUGUAACUAGAUGGAGUCUUGGGAUAUUGCUGGCUUUACUCUACCUCAUACUGAAACUUUUGGACUUCUUCAGACACUUGAGAACUUUCAGACAGGUUUUGCGAAUAUUUUUUACACGACCAAGUUAUGGAGUGGCUGCCAGCAAGAGACAGUGUUCAGAUGUGGAUGAUAUUUGUUCAAUAUGUCAAGCUGAAUUUCAGAAGCCAAUUCUUCUCAUCUGUCAGCAUAUAUUUUGUGAAGAAUGCAUUACCUUAUGGUUUAACAGAGAGAAAACAUGUCCACUGUGCAGAACUGUAAUUUCAGACCAUAUAAACAAAUGGAAAGAUGGAGCUACUUCUUCACACCUUCAAAUAUAUUAAGUCUUAGAAGCUAUUAAGGCCACCAAACAUUAAUUUCAUUUGGCUACAGUGACUGUUGAUAAAGGCAUUAGAAUGGGUUUUCACAGCUAGAAAAAAAAUGUUUACAAACAUUUUUAGGUUAUAAGAUAUAAGUGCAUAGUCCAGUUUAUCAAAAGAUUAGCUGGAAGAACCCUGUGCUUUUAAAAAUAUGCAAGUAAUGUUCAACCUAAUGUGUAUCUAGCAUUUCUUCUACAGGUGACUGCAGUGUUAAAAUGUAAAUGUGUUUUCUUGUUAAUGUUACCAAAACACCAAUUGCGUAACUAGACCUAGUGAUUUUUCAGGAACUCAGGUAUUCUUUCCUGACAUUGUUUUGAGAAUAAAGAAUAUUUUUUCAUAAUAUUUUAAGAUACACCUUACCUGAAACCAGAAUUUUCUUUAACAUUGACUUUUUAAAUUCUCAUUAUCAAAAAUUCUUAAAAUUUUCAUAAAUUUGUAUUUUUAAAUGAAAGUUCUAAAUGCUGUAUUUUACCUGUUUAACAAUCAGAUUUUCUAAGUGAAGAUUAAUUUACUGAGGAUGAUAUAUUUUAAUAUUGUAUUCUCUAUAGUAUGACUACCAGUCAGUGAGAAUAAAUGAUUUAAACUCAUACACACAUUAUGUUUUUGGCUUUAAUAUUCAUGAUCUUUUUUAUAUAGUGCCAUGGACUAUCUUGAAGUAAUAAUAAUAAUUCACAUGGAUUACAAACAGUUGGAUUCAUUGUGUAACAAACUCCCUGAACUCUUAGAAUUCUCAUUUUAACUAGUCUUGUCCAAGAGAGUUUUGGAAUCACCUUUGGUGCUUGAAUCACCAUUAAUUGGAGAUUAAAGCUUGCAUUCAAAGUCAGCCAUAAGCUGUGGAUACUGUGGUGGGUUUGCUUUUGGGCAUUUGUCCAGGGUUGUGGAAAAGGGAAACCCUGGUGGACGUAGUGGUUAAGAGCUACAGCUGCUAACCAAAAGGUCAGCGGUUUGAAUCCACCAGGUGCUCCUUGGAAACCAUAUGGGACAGUGGAAAAGGGAAUGAAGCACUCUCUCCCUUUGAUACUUCUGAGGAAUCUGAGAUGUAUAACAAGCCUAGAGAGCUGCCACUGGUUAUAUCUAAGUUUAGAGUACAAGGCCUCUGACCGUUUUAUUACCAUCUAUCAAUUUGUACACAGGAAGAUAGUGGGAGAAGUUAGGAGGUAGAGGUAGAAAAUAAAUUUGCCAUAUUAAUAAGGCAAAGGCUAAACCAGUACCUGGAUUAAUAGGAAUAACAUCCAACUGGCUACAGGCUAAAUCAUCUUCAUGUCUGUAUGGCCACCAAAAUUGACAAGAGAACAUUAGGAAGCCUGUAACUUUUUUCUCCAGUAACCGUUGCCAGAUUAUAAAUAAAACUGUUUCUAUUCUUUGGGUGGUAUUGUAUUUAACUCUGCUAUCCAUAUUGAGGGAAACCCUGAUGGUAUAGUGGUUAAGUGCUACGGCUGUUAACCAAAGGGUCGGUAGUUCGAAUCUGCCAGGUGCUCCUUGGAGACUCUACGGGGCAGUUCUGCCCUGUCCUAUAGGGUCACUAUGAGUCGGAAUCGACUCAACAGCACUGGGUUUGGUUUUUUUUGUUUGUUUUGGUAUCCACAUUGAGAGGAGCCCUGGUCGUGCAGUGGUUAAAGCACUUGGCUGCUAACUGAAAUGUUGGUGGUUGGAACCCACCAGCUGCUCCACGGAAGAAAGAUGUGGCAGUCUGCUUCCGUAAAGAUUUAUAGCUUUGGAAAUGCUACGGGGCAGUUCUACUGCCCUACAGGGUCGCUAUGAGUUGCAGUGACUCAACGGCAGUGGAUUUUGGGUUUAUCCGCAUUGAGAACCAUUGCAAACAUUAAAACAAGCUUCCAAACUCAAAAACCUUACCCACAGCCAUCAAGUUGAUUCCAAUUCAUAGUGACCCUGUAAGGACAGAGCAGAACUGCCCCAUAGGGUGUCCAAGGCAGACUGCCACAUCUUUCUCCCACAGAAAACAAGCUUGUUGUUAGGUGCCGUCCAGUCGGUUCCAAAACAAGCUUACUCGGUCUUAAAUCACCUUCCUGACUUUGUGAUGAAGGGGCAUCCAGCAGGGGAUGGGUGAGAAAAACAAUUUGGGAUUAGAAUUUGCCUGUGAAAAAUAGAAGUGCUGACUGACUUUUGGUUCAAAACACAAGAAUAACAUCUUACCACUUGGUUACUUCAGCCCUAUUAUAUAGUACCUGUUUACCAUAUUUAUUUGGGUAUCUUUGUUCCUUAAUACAGUUAAACAAAGGAGGCCCACUGUGGACAGUGGGUUUUGUUUUUAAACAGAUAAGAAAGCAGCUCACAUAUGGAUUGCAAACGAUGAAAAUUUAAUAAAGCUAUGCCAUCCACUAACAACGCUUUCUCUACUUCUGUUUUUUCAUUCCUUCCUCUCAAAGGGAAACAUGGAUUCAAAAAUAAUUUUGUGAAUUCAGGUCAUGCUCUCUGACAGAUAAAAUUGUUUUACUAGGAGUAAGAGAAUGCUACUAUAUUUUAUAAAAAGACAAAGUCAGUUUGAGAACUUCUGUAGAGAAAUCAUCUUAGCAAGUAUGAUAUAAUUACCAAAGAUUAGAGGUGGUUUAUACAGAUUAUGCAAAAUGCCUGUCUUAAACCAGAUAUACUGAGAUAUUAGUUAAAACCAGGGCUUCAAACUGGUUCGUUCCAGUUCGAACCCCUGCUGAGAAUUUGCAUGUCUAACAAGUUGGCAGAAAUUUAUACAUAAGAAUUACCUGGGGAUCUUGUUAAAAUGUAGAUUCUAAUGUAGUAUAUCUGGGGUGGAAAUGCAAGUUCUCAGCAGAGGGUCAAACCAGGACCAACCAGUUCAAAGCCCUUGUUAAAACGGAUUUGUGCACCACACUAUUUUGUGCAUAUAUGUAUAUAUAUGUAUCAGAUAACCAAAUGUAGUUGACAAAUACGGUGAACAUGUUGAUUAUUACCACAAGAAAGUCUUCUUAGUGUUUCUAUAUGAAACUAAAUUUAUACUACUUUUCAUGUGAACAUUUUUUAAGCAACCAAUUCAAGUCUACUGUGUGACCCAAAUCAAACCCAAACCCAGUGCCGUUGAGUCGAUCCCUAUAGGACAGAGUAGAACUGCCCCAUAGAGUUUCCAAGGAGCGCCUGACGGAUUCGAACUGCCACCUUUUGGUUAGCAGCCGUAGCACUUAACCACUAUGCCACCAGGGUUUCCACUUAUUGGACAUAACUUGGAAAUUACUGAUUAACAUCGAGUAUGUAAAAUCAAUACUAAGACUUGUAAUAUCUUCAGUUUCUCAGCAGGAUUGUUUUAAACUGUCAUUCCUCACAUUUUUGAGUAACUUAUUAAAUACGAGAACUUGGAUGCAUCCAGCAUAUUAAUGAAAAAGUUACAUAAAUCAUUUGUGCACCUGAUGUAUAUACUGUUAUUUCUUCCUAUUUUAGGAUUAAAAAAAAAAAUCACUAUUUUAUGUUCAUUCAAAUUUGUAUUUAAUUUCUAUUUACAUUCAUUCAAUCCAAAAUAAAAUAUUUUAAUACAUUAAACUAAAUACAAGAUGAAAAGCAAAAAAAGUGUUACCCUCAUAGCACUCCUAAUAAGGCAGCUGAAGAAUUUAUUUACUCUGAUAGAUGCAAAGCCAGCUUGGGAUAGGAGAAAAAUAAUAGUUUUAAAGAGCAAACACAAACAUAGAUGAACCCAUCCUUCAGAUGUUACUCCAGAUAACCCACUGAGAUAAUACUUGUGCUGUAGUGGUAAAUUAGGAAUCACACAAGAGAAGUACUGUAUUAAUCAGCAACAACCUCAGGUCAUAUGUGACAGUCAAACACGUUUAUGAUUGUUUUGUCCAGCUUGUUAGUGUCUACUCCUAUGGGAAAAGGUAGAUGUUUGGACACUAAUGUUUUUGAGAAAUUAACCAUUUUCAAAGCCUCAAAAUCUAUUCUUCAUAAAUUCAACAUUUCUCAUGGGAAUAAUCUUAGAUCUAGCCCUUGUAAGCUAGGUACAAUAUGACUAACUGAAUAUCCAAAAUAGUUAGAUCCUAUAUUAAAUAUAAAAUCCAAGGCUCAGUAUAUUAAUACUAUCUAAGAUGCAUCUUGUUUAUAAUCAUUUAUCACCUAUAAUAAAGAAUGUUGAAUUUAUGGAAUAUUUUUCAUACAUGCAUCCUUGCCUCCCCCCCCCCCAUUAUCUUCUGUCUCAAAAAAUAGUAUGGGGAAAUCCUUCUUGAAUGAUUCAAAUUAGUUAAGACCACAAAGGGGGAAAAAAAAAAUAAUUUUUCUAAAAAUUUGAUUCAAGUUCAAUAAUUAAUACUUUACAUUGUUAAUCACAGCUGGUUUGUAAAUCCCAGUUUAUUCUGUAAUGCUUACAAAUCUUAUAAAAUAAAGUUAGUAAACUUCAUUCUCAGUGAUAAUAUUUUAAUUAAAAAACAGCAUGUAUAAAAUAAAAAAAUAUCCUGUAAUAGCUGAUUUUAAAGAAAAUAAUUAAGUGAUGAAAGAAAAGCACUUAAGCUCUUUUAUACACUUACCUGGAAUAAACAUAAAGAAUCCUCCUAGGUACUUAAGACUAGUAACACAUUGAUACCAUGUAUUUUAAACUAUGCUUGAAUUUUUACAAAUAAAUAUAGGGUAAGCCAUAUUGCAUAGGUGUGUGCUUUCUGUCUGUGACACCAAUGUGGCACUCGACAUGUUUUCACAGUCAUAGUAGGGAUAUCUAUUUAUGAAACACAAUUUCUCUUUAACUUGCCACAGCAUGGGAAAUUGAUUUCACUUAAUGAACAUUAGGUUAGAAAAACUAUGUCUUUUUGUGGAUGGUAGAUGUACAAUUGAUGCUUUUUAUGCAGAAAAGUUGCAGUGUUGACCAAUAUUGCUGGCAGUACAAAUUACAAAAACAGUUUUAUCUAUGGGGUAGUUAUAGCCAGCCAAUCACAGUGCAAAUGUUUCUGGCAAAUAGGACUGAGGAGGAAUAUUUUGGUGUAAAAGUAUCACUAGAAUUUGCUCAGGCAGUCAACACUACAGUUAGUAAACACAUUUGAAAACAAGUUAUUAGAAUACCACAAGCCAUUUACAGCCUGAAAUAAAGCCUGUACAAAUCACCACAGCGUUUUGGGUUUUGUUUUCUUCGGACAUCACAAACUGUCAGAGAACAAAGAUUUGUACUUUGGGUACAAUUUCUGCCCUUAAUCAUUGUAGCUUCUAACUUACUAGCUAAAGUUAUUAAGUUCUUAGUAGGCUGCUGCAAUAAGGGAAAGAGAAAGCUUGAGAAGGUGGUUUAAAAAAAAAAAAAGGCU